AAAACAAAAAAGCAAGAGACGAGUCACGCCAGAAGAGAUGACAAUGACUACAAUGCCAGAGAGUCUUAAUAGCCCAGUCUCAGGAAAGAACGUUUUCAUGGAAUUUGGGCCACCAAGUCAGCAAAUGUCGCCUUCAUCCAUGUCUCACGGACACUAUUCCAUGCACUGUUUACAUUCUGCUGGCCAUAGUCAGCACGAGAGUUCGUACAGUCCGGCCUCAUCCUUCCCCAGAUCUUUGGGUUAUCCAUACGUCAACUCAGUCGGCAGCCAUUCCUCGAGUCCGUAUAUCAGUGCCGUGCAGACAUACCCAAACAGCACGGCACUAACACAGACGCGGUUAGAAGACGCAGCCGCUGAAACAGAGAAAAACACUGUCGUGGAGGGCGGUGAGGUACGAUUCAAUGGUAAAGGGAAGAAGAUCCGCAAACCUCGGACAAUAUAUUCCAGUUUACAACUUCAAGCACUAAACAGAAGAUUUCAGCAAACGCAAUAUUUGGCACUUCCAGAGAGAGCAGAACUGGCCGCAUCUUUGGGGCUCACUCAAACACAGGUGAAAAUUUGGUUUCAAAACAAGCGAUCUAAGUUCAAGAAGCUGAUGAAGCAAGGCGGCGGAACAAUAGACCCUAAUGCAUUGGCCAAUGGCCGCGGACUUUCCACUGGUUCUCCAACGGUGGCUCCGGUUUGGAACUCGUCAGCAACUGUGAAAACGUCUGUGGGCACGCCGGGUUCUUACAUACCAAGUUACACUUCAUGGUACCCGACAGCGCAUCAAGACUCUAUGCAGCAGCCACAGUUGAUGUGACCUUGAUCGACAGUCCCACACAUUUUUUUCUCUAUGGAUGGCUCAGAAGGCCUUGGGUCAGUUACCGAGCUUUGUACCCUGAUCCACUGCAGCUAAGCACCGAUAGAAUCAGGAGCCGACAGAAGUUUUCGGCAUUCACUUAAGAUCAGCUGCCUACAGAACUUUCCAGAAGGAUAGAGACUCACGAGACAGCAUCGGCUUCGUCAAAGGGCAAGACCGUUCAGUCCGCUGUAUCACACAGGAAAUUGCCGUGAAAGUGGGUCAUUCAAGCUGCUGCUGUUUUUUUGUGUGACAUUUCUAUGUGUGUAAAAGUAAUUAAAUUAAACUGUAUUAGCCUAAGUCAGAAAUAUAUUUAUGUAGGAUUGAUUUAUUAUUAUUUUGAAUUAUUAGCGUAUUACUGUUUUGUGCUAAUUGCGCCGAGUGUUUAAUGGAGAGAUGAAAACGUUUCAUAGGUUCAAAUAAGAGUAGCCUAACCGUGAGCUGUCAUCUACAGUGCCUCUGCGUUUCUGAAUGGAGUUUCAGGUUAUAGGCCACUGGAAAGUUUAGUAGAGCCAACGUGACAAAAUCACCCAAUCUGAAUUCCCUGAGACGAAAUUAAGCAACAUCCUCGGAAUAGUGAUUCUACAGAUUUUGGGCCCAAGAAAUACGCAUUGGAUCUAAAAAAAAAAAAAGUCCAGUCAGAUGUUCUACAAAAAGAAGACUUGAACCACUUUGACGAGUCUUCAUCUGUUUGUUUUGUAUGUUUAUUUAAGAUAAUUUAUUUGAUUUUUUUUUUGUCGGCCUGUAUGUUUAUUUAAGAUGAAUAUGUUUUAAAUUAUGAACUGACAGCACAUGUUUGCAUGUAAAGGCAAGCUAUAGUGCAAAAGGGACCUAGGCUAUGUGGCUGAUAUUGCGGGGAAACAAAAUGGAGAUUAAAUACAAAAAUACCUUUUCUGAGAUAUUUUUUAAAAAGAAGAGACAACCGCUAUGUACAGAAAAAAACAUGACCAACUUUGGUUUGUGCUGUAAUUAAUGCUUUGUGGAUUUUUUAAACAUGUUCAUUCAAAUUGUGUCUAGCAGUCUAUAGGAAAAUAGUUUUAUAUGGAAUCAAUUAAUUUAUUGUUUUGUUUCACUUAAGUCUUGUAAAUAACGUGUAAACUUACAGUAAAACUGAUUUAA